AUGUCUCUUGAAGAAGGCAAGCGUAAGCGCUCCAACAUAAAGCGCAACAUUUCGCGUAUUAAAUCGAUCGUCGAAGCGGCAAGGGAGUCAGAUGAUAAACUUACCAAUGCUGAGCUUCAAUGUCGACUAGGAAUACUGGAAUCUUACUUCAAGCAGGCCUUAUCCGUCCAAGCUGACAUUGAGGAUUUAGAUCCACUUGACAACGGCCGCGCAGAUCUGGAAGAUAGCUACGUAGCAGUUAAGCUGAAUAUUCAAGCGCAACUUGGAGAAGAUGCUAACGGUACAGUGCACUUUCCCGAAACGUCAACACCAGCAGUUGUUAAGCCCUCGUCGCAUCUGCCAAGACUAACAUUGCCAACAUUUAGUGGCGAUUACGCAGACUACAACAAUUUUAUUACGUCAUUUACCCAGAUCAUUGCUCGCGAACCAAGGCUGUCGAACAUAGAAAAAUUUAACUACCUGUUGACUUGUUUAAAGGGUCCCGCGCUAGAAACGGUUCAUGCAUUCCAAGUCACCAGCGAAAACUAUCCGAAGGCUUUGGAUAGGCUCAAGCAACGGUUCGACAACCCAACGUCAAACGCUCAACAGCUGCGCAGUUUAAUAGACAAGGCAUCGGCAAUUUUUAGCUCCUUGGAGUCAGUAGGAACAUUUGCAAACAUCGCACAUGCAUUGCUAAUUAACAUUGUGAUGGGCAAGUGUGAUCAGCAAACCAGGAGCAAAUGGAACGAGUCUCUGGACUACAAGUCGCUUCCAACUUGGUCACAGUGCACUCAAGUCGUGGAACGACAUUGUCAGUUCUUGCACUCAUGCGAGGCAUCGUCACAACGAAAACCCGAGUCUGGCAAACAAAAUCGCGCAAGCAAUCGCAUGCAAAAUUCGUCAUUUGCUAUCACUAACUCUAAUUGUGUUCUUUGUUCCAGUUCCAACCAUAAACUCGUCAGUUGUUUGAGGUUUAAGGAGAUGAACACAAAUCAACGCUUUGAUCUCAUCAAGAAGCAUGAUCUAUGCAUCAACUGCUUAGGCAAUGGUCAUAGAAUGAUCCAAUGUCCAUCCAAGAAUCGCUGCCGCUGUUGCAAUCGAGCACACCACACGUUGUUGCAUCAUGAGAAUGCAUCUCAACCCACUCAAACAACUCCAGUGGCAGGUCCCGCAUUCCAGCCUUCGGGGUCUACUCGACCUACAUGGCAAACUUCAUCUCAAGAAUCGACAGCAACCCACUCGCACAUGGGUGCAUCGGAAGGUGGACAGGUGAUUCUUGCAACGGCUAUGAUCCUGGUCAAGGACGCUACGGGUACGUAUAAGUUGGGCAGAGCCCUCCUAGAUUCAUGCUCUCAACUCAAUUUCAUCACUGAGGAUUUCGCGCAAAAACUACGCCUUCGACGUGAGAAACAUAAUGUGGGCGUUCGAAGCAUUGGAGACUCGCUAACCAGCCUUAAGGCGCGUACGACCACGACCAUCAAAUCGCGCACUUCAGCCUUUCAACUGUCACUUCAAUUCGGAAUCACCUCGCACAUAGCAUACCAGCCAGAUGCCGAGAUCGACACGUCCGGUUGGAGCUUGCCAGCCAAUACCAAAUUAGCAGACGAGAUGUUUUUUAAGCCCCGGCGCAUAGACCUGUUGUUAGGAACAGAGGCCUUCUUUGAUGCUCUUGCUGUUGGCCAAAUUCGACUGGGUCCAAAUUUACCGACGCUUCAGAAGACGUUGUUUGGUUGGGUCGUCUCUGGUAGGUUUCGAGGUGACUAUAACGUGACGUCAUCAUCUUGUCUGCUGUCAAACGAAACCUCAAUCGACGAGAAUUUGCAACGCCUAUGGCAACUGGAAUCCAUCGACACGUCACCAAAACCAACUCAGCCAGACCAUCGAAUUUGUGAAGAGCAUUUCACAAAAACAACUCAUCAAGACCACACUGGUCGAAUUACUGUAAAUCUGCCAUUUAAAGACAACCCAAUUUGUCUCGGAGAUUCCUUCGAUAUCGCUCGUCGGCGAUUCCUUGCGCUUGAGAGACGUCUUCUACGUUCGUCCGAAAUCCGUCCGCAGUACAUUGCCUUCAUGGAAGAGUACGAAAGUCUUGGCCACAUGUCAGUAGUAGCACACCCCAACUUGAAAGAGCCACACUACUAUAUGCCACAUCACUGCGUGCUUAAACCUAGCAGCACGUCAACCAAAUUGCGAGUAGUGUUUGAUGCCUCGUGCCGCACCUCAACACAAACAUCAUUGAACGAUCAUUUGUUAGUGGGGCCCACAAUUCAACAAGAUUUAUACAUGCUUCUAUUACGUUUUCGUCUGUAUCGUUUCGCCAUCACCGCAGAUAUCACUAAAAUGUACAGGGCACCCCAUUUUGGCGGCCUCUGGGAAGCAGCAGUUAAAAGCGCAAAUGGACUGCUCUAUCGCACAUUGGCUAAUACAAGAUUAACAUAUGAAGAACUGAGCACUGUAGCUGUGGAAAUAGAGGCCAUACUAAACUCGCGUCCGCUCUCACCGCUAUCAUCAGAUCCCAAUGACUUUGAAGCACUCACUGCUGGACAUUUUUUGGUCGGGUCAUCUCUACGUGCCCUACCCGAAAGCUCACUCGAAGAGAGAAAUAUCUCGAAUUUGGAUCGAUACGAUAUGAUUACGGCCAUCAAGCAGCGCUUUUGGCGCCGCUGGUCUUCAGACUAUGUCAAUGAACUACGCUCACGAGUCAAGUGGACGACACCUACACCCAAUCUUGCAGAAGGUACGCUAGUGAUCAUCCACGACGAUAACCUCCCACCACAACGCUGGAAGCUUGGUCGCGUUGAGUCGACCGUACGUGGACGAGAUGGUCAUGUUCGAGUUGCGCGCAUCCGCACUACUAAUGGGAGCUGUUGCCGGCCUGUUCACAAACUUGCCAUCCUGCCAGUGUCCGGAAAGUGCAUCCUUUCAACGGGGCCGGGAUGUUGGAUCACCCUUUAUGCUUAA